AUGACGGAUAGUAAAAGAUGUGCAAUCAUCAAAGAAUUAAUAAGUACAGAGGAGCGAUAUGUAGAGUACAUGAAAUGCAUCGACCAAAUCGAUCAAGACCAGCUAUAUGUAGCCGACAUAUUCUAUCUCUUCAAAGACUUUUUUAAAUGUUACACUACUUAUUGUUCCAACUAUACAGUAUCAACUGCCAAGAUACAAUCAAAAUGGCAAGAGUCUUGCUGCUGGAAUGGCGAAUUGCUAAAGUAUACUGAUGCCAAACAUCGUGAUCAUCCACUCCUUGUGCUUUGUAUCGAUGAUAUGAAUACGACAAUAAGGAAAAUCAAUGACCAGUUGCAAUACAAAUCGUUUGUAUCUAAUCUCACUAUUCCGAAAACUUUGGAAACCACUACCGCUGGUUUAUCGAAAGAGAGUCUACUGUUUAGACCGGACAGACAAUUUGUUGCACAAUGUUCAUUCAAUGAAACGAUUAUCACAGAGCAGCAGAACCUAACAAGUCAAUCGCUGAUCACUCAUAUUCUAUUAAGAGAUCUAAUAAUGAGAGUGGAGGAGCAUCAUGCAAACAAUGGCCAUGACAACUAUCGUGCAACGCUAAAGAGUGUAAUCUAUUUAAGAGAUCUAAUAAUCGAUCCAAAUGACAGUCAUCUCUAUGACACUAAUGAAAAUACAAUGAUUGUUUUCAGUGAUUAA